AUGAAAUUUAGGUCUCGUCAGAUAAAUUCAGAGCAAGUACGAUUGCUACUAUUUAAAGAGUGUGAUUGGAGGGGAAGAAAACUUCUUUUUGAUUCAUCAACUAUUGAAAAAGUACCAGCCAGCAAAAAUGACAAACCAAAAAUCAAACAAACAGAUCGUUUUCCAUAUGCCCUUGAGGUUUCCGAAGGUUAUACAUACUUGUACAAGGGACCAGCAGCAGACGCGAGCGUUCUCGGUGAGAUGAUAUUCGGAGCCGUCGCCAUCAACUACAAGAGUGUGUCUCUGAAAAUUCACAUAAUGGACGAACCCAGAAGGUUGAUGUGCACAAAGGUAUUCUGUGUGCCAACGUCGCGUAAGGACAGAACAGUGGUCCGAAAGAACAGUGAAAUCAAUAAUCGUAUCAGUAGCUUGACAAAUGGCUCCAAACCUUUGAAUGUCCCCUUACUCAGAGAGGAAGGAGUAUCUUUGAGUUUCUCAAUGGAUAGAGGAGAUUCUGGUUAUUGCGGAGAUAUUUCACCAUACAGCAGCGUCGGAUCUACAUAUGAUUAUUUCUCCAUGUUUGAUAUUUGGGACGGGAAAAGUUCUAAAGAUGAGAUGUACUCAUUUUAUUUACCGCCUGGUCGGAAGCUGAGUACAUCAAGCAAUGGUAGUUGGCAACGCAGAACUUUCCAAAACAUGGUUACCAGGUUUGACCUGGGGCAGAGCUCGACCUUGCUAAAUGUUCCCACGGUUAUCAGCAGUAAAGAUUCACAACUGUUUGGAGGGAGUUCCACUAGCGGCACCACAGAUAGUUUGCUAAGCACUUGCUCCAUGUCUCAAAAGAAGAACAAGUUGGGUCUAGCGCUUCUGUUCACCGUCACCGAUACCAAUGAAAUGGACGUGGUACGUAGGUGCGUGGAGCAUUCCCCGCAGUUGCAAGCGCUCGUUUGCAGGUUAAGAUUGGCGACGCUGACAGCUGGUGCCGGCAAUGGGUUCGUGUCCACUCUAUACACGGCUACUGCGGACACUGCUAGAUGGCUAUCAGAUCUGAUUUACGGUCCUCGUUUGCAGCCAAUGUGGUUGAGCAUCGUCAACGGUGAGGUCCGCGUUGCCAACAGUGCAGCUGAGAGUCUUCUGUCUGAUCUAUGCUCGGUGCUGUCUGUGGGUGAUACGAAGAAUACCAACUUUUUCAUCAGCACUCUUCUUACACACGUCCUCACUUACCAUCUCGGAUGGGUGACCACCGUUAGUCCGUACGACACUGUAGAUCCAACAAAGAGCACAGAAUCUACAGUAGAGUCACAAAAACCAUAUAACGCGCUGUGGGCUCAACUCGCUGACCUCUGUGGUUGUAUCGGUUUCCCACCUCGAACUGCUAGAACCAUAAUCAGUGGUAACACCAAUGCCCAUUUCGUCAACAGACUGCUCCUGGUACUAACUUAUUUUGUACGAUGUGGUGAGGUUACCAGAAGUGAUUUUCAAUACCAAGAGUGUGAGCUUACUGAAAGCAAAGUCGUCAGUAUAAACCCUGAAGUCACAACCUUGCAAAGAAUAGAUACAAAAGAAAAAGAACUCUGUGAUUUUGGCUCCAAUAAUGCUCUGAAAGCAUAUUCAGUUAAUACUCAAAAUAGUGUUAGUAAAGUUAGUACUCUAGUGGCCAGUAACGUCAGUAUUAAAAAGUCGACGACUCUCGCAAACCUCAGUCAACAGCUCUCUAAUAGUUCAGAGUUCAUUGUUAAAGAACCGGAAGUGGAAGUUGAAACCAGCACGAAAUAUGAUAAACCUAUGACUAGUCAGUUAAAAAGGACUCCCACAGUGAUGAUGUCAUUGAAAUCAUCUUUGGACUCUAGUCUACAUUCAUCGGUAUCAGAAGAGGUUGAGACGGAAAAGAAAGUUGUGUUCGUUUUAGGUGACGACGAGAAGUUGGUCGGGCUAAAAAACAAAUCGACCGGUGGAAAGAGCGUCAAGAAAUCUAGUAAACCCCCUAGUGAGACAGAUACGUCAGAGUCGAAAGAAAAUUGUGCCAAAGGUGAUUGUGAUCGCGAGAAGAGUACCGAGAGCCCGUCGAAGUGCUGCGGGCAAACGUUUCAACAUUCCAAACCAAUAAAACAUUCCGGUUUUAAGUUUGAAUUUGAUAAGUAUCCUCAGAUAGUCACUAAUUAUAUGAAGAGCAAAAAUUUAGAGAUACUAGAUAGGCAUUAUAUCGGUAAGCCGGGCAAUCUAAAGCUGGGUAAUUUUCAGUUUGACCCGACUGUCGUUCCUCAGAUACAGGAGGAGAAAUGUGAGACUUGCUACAAAUGUCAACUUAUGGAGUCAAUGCUGCAGACUCCCACUAACGCUUCUGAAAUGGAAUACAUGAACGAUAUGCCACCAGGAGAGCCACAAUAUGCUAAAGAAACAGUACUACAAAGUGUUGAAAGUAGCAGGGAAACUACGCCUAAGACGUUUGUGAGAAAACGGAAAGAAAAUACUGUUAUUGUGAACGUAAAGACAGGGUUGCCUGAUAAAAAUACGCAACCGGAUGAGAAAGGUGAACUCAGAGAGAAAGAGAAGGUCACGCAAGUGAAACAAGUGAUCGAGAUGCCUGCACCGAAAUUUAGUCUUCAAGUAGAACCAAAGAAAACGUCGUCCGGUUAUGAUACGUCAUUGCUUGGUGGAGUUACGGACCAUUAUGUACCUGAUUUAAUAUUACAAGGAACGAUAUCUAAGUCUGAUAUGUGGGAGUCGGAACUUCGACGGGAUUUGGAGCUUACUACUUAUAUUAAUAAGGCUCUAGAUCCGCCAUUACAAGCUGUGGCCAUAAUUGGGGAUACAAAAAAUUGGGAAGUCCGCGUGCUAGGGCGUGAUAGCGGCGCGAGUGGAAUGUCUUCACUGGUCGGCGGUAUGUUGGAUGCCGUACCAGCAAUGAGACGAGCUAGGGUGCCCGCGAAUCAGUGUUUAUCUUACUUAGAGGGCAAGUUGCGCGAGUUCUGUGUACUAUCCAAGACGCUAGCGGACAUGUUGAUGACGACAGAUUUCUGCGACAUCGCGACAUUAACCAAAUCACUCAAUAUUGACGUGAACGAUGUCCCGCUUCUACUCGCCAUCGCUACUACACACACUCCGCAAGUGGCUGCAAGAUACGGCAUCAGCUACAGAUGA